CAAGUAAACAAAACCCCGUGUACGCUGUACAAAUAAAAUCCAAAAACAUGAUUUCAAAUGAAAAAGUAUUAAUAUUGUUUGGAACUCAAACUGGAAAUUCUGAAGAUGUUGCUGAUCGAAUUUUGAGGUAUCUUAAACGGAUGCACAUUAAAGCUCAAGUUGUAGAUAUUAAUGAGUACACGGUGACUAAUUUGGUUAAUGAAUCGUUGGUGAUUUUCGUAUGUUCAACUACAGGAAAUGGAGAGUUCCCAGAUAAUAUGAAAUCAUUCUGGAAAUUUUUACUGAGAAAAAAUCUUCCUAGCAAUUCUCUCUGUCAAUUGAAUUUUUGUGUGUUUGGUUUAGGAGAUUCAUCUUAUGAGAAAUUCAAUGUAGUUUCUAAAAAAUUGAACAAACGGUUGAUUCAGCUGGGUGCUACAGAAAUUAUACCAUUGACUCUCGGUGACGAUCAGCACGAAUUGGGAUACGAUGCUGCCUUGGAUCCUUGGCUACUUAAUCUGAAAAAUACAAUACUAUCUUUUUUUACAGUAUCAGACCCACCAAUUCCUGAAGAUGUACCUUUACCACCGAGAUAUAAAGUUAAAUUUUGCAAUGAACUUUUGACAACUGAUGAGUUUCAAUCUACUACUUACAACAGAAAUAAAUCUUUUCCUUUAGCUACUUUAAAGAAAAAUGAAAGAGUUACAGCAGUUGAUCAUUUUCAGGCUGUCCACCAUCUAGAAUUUGAGAUUGAUUCAACUGUUCAUUAUGAUCCUGGUGAUGUUGCAGUUGUUUGGCCCGAAAAUCCACCAGAAGAAGUUGAGGAUUUCUUAUCUUUGUUAAAUGUUCCUUUAGAUACGAAUUUCAUUCUUAUUCCAUCUGAUGUUAAUACUCCUUUACCAAAGAUAAAUCCAUAUCCUUGUACUGUUCGACAGUGUGCAGUAUCCUAUUUCGAUAUUUUGAGUGUUCCACGUAGAUCUUUUUUUGAAGUUUUCCAUCAUUUUAGCCAAGAUGAGUUGGAAAAAGAAAAAUUGGUAGAAUUUACUACUGCUGCUGGCCAAGAAGAAUUGUACGAUUAUUGUAAUAGACCAAGACGCACAAUUCUGGAAGUUCUGAAGGACUUUCCUCAUACUACUCCACAUGUACCUUUUGAUUAUCUUUUUGACAUGAUUCCAUCCAUUAGACCACGAUCAUUUUCUAUAGCAUCUGCAUUAAAAACUCAUCCUCAAGAAUUUCAUUUGCUAGUUGCUGUUGUUCAGUAUAAAACUCGACUGAUGAAAUCACGUCAGGGAUUAUGUUCUAACUGGCUUGCCAAACUGAAGCUUGGUACAAUCAUUCCAUAUUAUAUUAAGAGAGGUUCUAUAGUUUUACCAGAAACUAAUGUACCAAUCAUAAUGGUUGGUCCUGGGACUGGUUGUGCACCAUUUAGAGCAUUUACAGAAGAGCGAGCUAGUGCUGGAGUUGGUGAUAACUACUUAUUUUUUGGUUGUAGAUACAAAACCAAAGAUUUUCUAUUUUCGGAAGUAUGGUUAGAACUUUGUGAAAAGAAGAUGCUAACUAUUUUUACUGCCUUUUCUCGUGACCAAGAUGAAAAAAUAUAUGUCCAGCACAGGAUUGCAGAAAAUGGUCCUCUUAUAUGGGAUUUGAUUCAGAACAAGAAAGGUGUUAUAUAUAUUGCUGGAAAUGCAAAACAAAUGCCAGAAGGUGUAAAAGAUGCAUUUAUGGAAAUAAUUAAAAAGCAAGGAAACUUAAAUGAAGAUGAAAGUGUAAAAUAUUUACAAACUUUAGAACAUAUGAAAAGAUAUCAGAUUGAAACAUGGGCCUAGUGGAAGAAUAUAUUAGAAAAUUAAUUACAGCAUUCUCAGAAAUAAAAUGCUUCUGUUAGUGCUUA